AUGAGUGUCGUGCUGAACCUGAGCCAUUCUGCGAGUGAUGCGAGUGGAGAGAUCAAUCUCGCUUACACCCCCGACAGCGGUCCCUCAGAUGGCCUUGACCCGGACAGCGGUAAAUCCCCUGGCCAGGGAAUUCCACCCACAGCCUCACCGUUUUCGGGGAACUCAGAAGGCGGGGCAGGAGACCGACAAGGAAACGACGCUGAUCCAGGAAAGCUUCACUCCGUCCCGAAGGCCAGCAGCUGCGUGGCGUCGGGGACUACGAGCGAGCCGCACGAAGGGAAGGCCGACGGCGACGAGAAAGAAGCUGCCGACGGGGGCUGGGGCUGGAUGGUGGCCCUCGGGGCAGCGCUCAUCAUGAUGGUGAUCAACGUGCUGGGCCCAUGUUUCAGUAUAAUCUUCUCCAGAUUUUUGCUGGAGCUGGGAACGUCAUCAACCACUGUAGGUCUGAUCUUCAAUAGCUUCCAGUUUCUGUGGAAUUUCUCUGGACCGAUACUGGGCCCACUGCUGGAGGAAUUUAGCUGGAGAAAAGUGGCCUUGACUUGCUCCCUCGGCGUGUUCGCUUCCCUCUUGCUGUCAGCAUUCGCCACUUCGUCAGGCUUCCUGCUCUUCUCGUACUCCAUUCUAGGAGGAAUUAGUUGCGGUCUCUUAUCUAACUUGUGCUUCCUGAUAAUUCCACACUAUUUCGUCAAGCGACGCGGAAUAGCAAACGCCAUUAUGAUGGCAGGCGUCUCCACAGGGCCCAUCUUAGCCCCCCUCCUGGUCCGGUUCCUGCAAGAAGAGUACGACUACACGGGCGCCACACUCAUCACGAGCGCUGUAGUGCUUCACUGCUGCGUCGGCGCCGCCCUCUUCCGCCCGAUCAGGACCGACUCGCGGAAACCUUCGGCCGAGCAGUCCAAGACCCACGUCUGGAGGCUGUUGCUGCGAGUGAUCCGCGGAACCUUCACCAAUCUCUACAUCCUAAAGUCGCCGAGAGCUGUCAUCAUCGCUGUGAGCGGGGCCUUCACUCUCAACAGCUGGCUAAACUUUAUUGCAUUAAUGCCCUUUGCUGUGCAAGCAGCAGGUUACUCUCUCCAGGAUGCAGCUUUGUGUGUUACCACGUCUGCUGUGUGCAAUUUAGUCGCCCGUUUAAUCGUCUCGGCGUUAUCCGACUGGCCAAGGUUCAGCAUGAGAGCCUGUUACAUGGCUAGUACGGCCACCAUUGCUGCGACGACUGCAGCAUUUAGUAUGACCCAUGACAUUACAUGGCUGACUGUAAUCAUGGGUGUGUGGGGCUUCGGAGUGGGCAGCUACAUGGGCAUCUACAACCUCAUCAUGGUGCACUACAUGGGCCUGGAAAAACUAACCUCGACAAUCGGUGCCACAUUUAUGCUGGUUGGCAUUGGCUUCGUUACUGUUGGCCCGGCGAUAGGCCUGAUCCGAGACCUGAGCGAGAGCUAUUCGGCGAGCAUGCUCGUCUUGGCCGGCAUGGCCGCAGCGGCCUUUGUGCUCUGGGUCCUCAUGCCGACAGCCGCUCGCUGCGACCGGCGGAAGGAGCAGAGACAACGAAAUAAAUCUCAAUGA